AUGUCAGAAAUACAGUUGACCGCGUUGCGGCGGGAGUUCAAGUUGACAAGGUUGUCAGGAUUUUCAAGCAGAGUCCCUGUAUCCCAUUCCUGCAUAAUGGAACCGCGAAAAGUGAGGAAAUCAUGGCUUAGUACAAGUCAGGAGAUUCUAUAUAUUGCAUCUGAGGAUCGAAACCGACCAGUGGGUCCCAUCUCACCAUUAUGUAUUACUAAGCAAAAUUUGAAACAUGAAGAAUCAAAUAAUUGUGAUAAUAUGGAUGAGGCAACACUUAAUAAUAAAUAUACAGUGGUCUUGCAUAGGAAUGAGAAUGAAGACCCACUUACAGUAAAUGUUUCAGACAUUCUUUCUUUAUCGACGUUUUCUCGACGAGCUGUAGUAGAUUUUGGUUCAACUACUGGGAAGUCAUUAACUCGUUUCUUGUUGCUAGAAAACCUUAUUGAUGAGGCACAAUCGGUGGUGAUUCAACGUGGACCUCCAGACAAUGAAUUCUUUAUUGAUUGGAUAGCAUCAGAAACAGAUAAUAACGAAUUUCGAUCAUGCUAUCCUGCAGCCUCUAAACAAAUUCACCUUUCACCUUUGCACGGCCGAGCUCUAUUGAAAAUUACAUGGGCACCUGCUCGUAAUUCAACGUCAGAGUGUGUAUCUACUUUCCAUCACGUUAUUCAAUUCCGUGUUAAUAAUGCAUACACUCUUCAAGCUGUCAUCAUUGGUCGGUUGUUGCCACGUGUUGAAAAAUCCAGUCGUCCAAAAGUCUGGCUUAAACAAGCACAGUUUUCAACAUUUAAAAGGCCAGCUUUACCUACCUGGACAGAAAAUUCUUUCAUUAAGACAUCUGAACGUUGUUCUAGAUUAGAUACUAGCAAAAAGGAGAAAACUAAUAUCCUCAGAAGUCGUUCCAAUUUUACCUCACCUGUAUCUGAGAUUCGUCACCAUCAUGUACGCUCAUCUAUUGAACGUCAAACCAAUAAAAAUGAGGCAAUAAACUUGAACUGUUCUACUGCUUUCUUCAUAUCUGGGGCAUCAGAGGAGAAUGUGAUCUCUUAUCCACAAACUUUGAGUGAAUCAUUUACUGAUCAACAGGAGAAGACAUAUGAUGCUCAGUUGAAUGCUGCGAAUAACCGACGUCGAUCGUGUUCACAACCAGCAAUUGUUACUCCUAUUAAAGACUUAUCGGUAUUUGGUCGAUUCCAUGAAAUGAAGGAACUAAGUUCUCCUAGGCGUUCCACAUCUAUUUCGAACAGAUUGUGCUCAGAUAUGGAUUUAACAAUGGAUACUAAUUUUUUAAACUCCACUGCAACUGCCUUUGUUUCACCGAAACUUGUGCGUUCACCUGCUCUCAAAGGAGCUGCCCAUUCUGUCACAUCUACUACACAUAAAAGAGAUCAAGGUGGGAAUCUGUUCUACUCGAAUGUCACUUCUGUUUUGUCUGAAAUGAGUGUUUUCGGCUUAACGCAAUGGUUAAAUGGUAUUUUCGCUCCGUGUAUCGCAGCCAACAGUUACAACGGACAUGUAAGUAGUGGAUCCAAAGAGAUUUGUGUAUUUGGAUCACCUCUAUAUCAUUCGACAGUGAAAAAAGCUGUUGAAUUAUUAAGUUCAACUGCUCUCACAGUCCCUGGAGAGCGCAUUGAGCGUGAAAUAGACACUGGAAAGUUGAUGCCCAUUCAAGAUACAUUACUUCGUGUUGACAAAGGUUCUCAACGUCGGAUUCAAGACCUCUUAUUGACUAACUGUGCUCCUAUAUGGCUUCAUCUGACAGUCGAUUCACUGUCAAGUAUUUCAUCAGGCAAACCGAAUUCUUCGACGAAGUCGAACAACCUUCAGUCUACAGUUAUAACAGACACUACCACUGAGACAUCUAACGUGGAAGACGAUAAAAGUAACAAUACCACUAGUUUAUCAAAAAAGAUACACACUUAUUUGUUUGAAUCUUUUGUUCCAAAUAAAUCAGUUUUAAUGAAAUCAGAUUCAAAGGAUACAAAAUCGAAACAGGCCUUUCAAACUGCUUCAGUCAAAAACGACAAAGCUUCAGCGAAACCAAAUGCACCAAGUCGUGAUGUUUUGUUCAACCGUCAUGUCGUUAAAAGAUUCAUUAUAUUUGUUUGGAUUAUGGACUAUUUUAAAAGUCAUAUGUUGAUUAAAUAUGAUCCCUGCCUAUUUCGUGUUAAAUCUCAUAUUAAGUCCACUUCAUCGCUGCUUAUGCAGUUUGCACAGUAUUUUUUGUACGGUGUGAAUAAUCUGGUUCGUCAGAUAUCCUACUUAGGAGCAGAAGUCAAAGUGAAUCAAACACAACUAGAUGAGUAUCAAUUUAACGUUGAAAAUUUGGCUGUUGACCUAAGAGAUGGUGUUCGUUUAGUAAAGCUUGCAGAACUGUUGAUUCCUACACUAUCACCUGCUAUGUCUAUUCAGAAGCAACCUACUAUUGUUGUUGAACCUGGUAGUCUUAUGUCAAUGGUUCGAUUCCCUGCUAUAAGUCGUCUUCAGAAAAUACACAAUGUUGGACUUGCUCUUAAAGCUUUUCAACAGUAUGGUGAGAUCUCAAUGGUUGAUGGAAGUUUAAUUGAUCCUCGUGAUAUUGUUGAUGGACAUCGGGAAAAAACAUUGACCUUACUUUGGUGUAUAUUGCUGCGUUAUCAAGUCCUCGCUCUACUUGAUCAUUCUGCUCUCGAAAAUGAAAUUCAAGUUCUUGAAAUCAAAGUCAACUCUCUUGGCAAAAAUAUUGAUGAAGUGAAUAACUUUAAACCUAACACUGUUGCAAAUAGUCCAGAUGAAGAUAAAUGGGAUGCUGCCCAUUUCAAAUUACUGCAUUGGGCUUAUUUAGUUUGCCAGCUGUAUGAUGUAACUAUUACCAGUUUGGAUGAAUCGUUUGCUGAUGGAAGAGCAUUAUGCUAUCUACUGCAUCACUACUUACCAACGAUCCUACCUCAAGGUUUAAUUCGUCAGUUUACAACACAGUCGGCCAAUUCGUCUAUUCCCAUUCCAAAUUCUAUACUUAUACGGAAUAAUUUAUUUAAUUUAUCAUUGUUUCAAAGGAAACUUGCAGUAUUAGGUGAUGUACCACUUCUUUUGACCAAUAACGCAACGAAUCCAACUCCAUUAUUGACCAGUACAGAUAGUAUUCUACCACCAGGAUUGGUAUUGACAACUUUAGCCUAUCUUGUGAAUAGAUUAGUCGUUGGUCCUGAAGAGAAACAUAAGCUACAUCUACUUAUUCGUGAUAAUGCUGCAUGCAUUAUUCAAAAUGCAUGGCGUCGUUUUCAAGAUCAUAUGAAAUUCUCACAAUUUAAAUUGGUACCUUAUGGAAGAGAAUGGAGGAUGCAGAGAAGAAUGACUAGAGCAUGCAUUAAGAUUCAAGCUUAUGUACGUGGAUAUCUUGUGCGUAAAUAUGUUGCAGAGAUUCGAUUGGCUAGAAAUACUGCUGCAACUGUAAUACAGUCUUAUGUUCGUCGAUACUUGGCACAAUGCUAUAUUAAGCGUUUACAUAAAUCAGCUACCUUAAUUCAGUCUACCUGGCGUGGAUAUGUGGUACAACGAAGUUACACAUCAAUAAGAACGUUCUUUAUCACAAUCCAAGCCUACUCACGAGGUUUCUUGGCUCGUAGAUAUGUUGCACAGUUACAAGCGAACAGGAAUGCAGCCGCCAUAGUGAUACAGUCCUAUUUCCGAAGAUUUAUUGUCCAACGUGAUAUAUGUAAUUGGCACAAAUCAGCUAUCCAGAUUCAGAGUGCUUGGCGUUGUUAUCAUGCUCGUCGAGAAUAUCUUCAACUGAGAGAGGCAUGUCUAACAGUUCAGCGAUAUGUACGAGGUUAUCAUGCUCGCAAAUACGCUUUAGAAAUGCGUACAAAAAUGACUUCAGCAGCUAUAGUAUUUCAGUCACAUUUCCGAGGUUAUUUGGUUAGAAGACAAAUUUCUUGUUGGCAUAGUGCAGCAAUUCAUAUCCAGAAGAGUUGGCGCUGUUAUUAUUAUCGACAACGUUUUCUGUCAUUGAAAUCGCAAUGUAUCUCUGUGCAACGGUAUGCACGAGGGUAUCUGGCACGUAAACGCCUUGCAGAAAUACAAUCUAGACGAAAUUCAGCAGCUAUAGUUAUUCAAUCCCACUUCCGUAGAUAUUUAGUCUGUCGUGAAAUCAAUUUGUGGCAUAGUUCAGCGCUACAAAUACAAAAGUGUUGGCGUUCGUAUCGGCAUCGUAAAAUCAUUACACAAUUUCAAGAGAUUGUUUCACUGGUACUAACGCGUCACAAUGCAUCUGUUAAAAUUCAAAGCUGGUGGCGUGCUUGUUAUCUUUCACGAUUAUUCAAUAGACAACGUCUUUCUGCUAUACGAAUUCAAGCCACAUGGAGAGGUUUUCGACUGCGUAAACAUCUAUUGACUUUGACACAACCGUCAAAAAUUUCCAGCAAUUCAACAAAAGUAUUAUCACAUCAGACAAUUAAUCGAAGAGGCAAUUUUGCCGCCAGUAUUCCACUCAAGUUAAAAUCCGCUCCAAAAGCUGGUGGUGAUAUUAAAUCCAAACCCCCAAAAGAGAAAGUCUGUUUAUUAUCACUUUCAUCAUCUGAGGCGAAAUCUUUGCUAGGCAUACGUUCACGUCUGAAUAAAGCAACACAACGUGCACGCAUUCAUCCAAAUUUGACAUUGGUUGCAAAAGCUCGAAAUGCAUUAAAACAACUCUCUCAAUCUACGUCAAUAAAUCAGAUAAUCGAUGCAAUCAAAUUUUUGCAAAUGGCUACUGGUUUGUCAGUGGAACUAUGCUAUUGGAUUGUUGGUUUGCCAACUCCUAACAGUCUAUCAUCUAGUGAAAACAAUGAGAAUUCACCAAGUGUACUGAUUCGUUUCUUUCAAAUUAUGAUGGCGUGUAAUCGGUCUGUACCACAUGAAGACAUUUUUGUAGCUAUCACUGGGACACUCUUAAAUAUUGGACGGCAUAAAAAUUUGGCCUGUAAUACAGAUAUAUGGUGGAAUCCAUUAUUUUCUAAAUUCAAAUCAAGUGAUAAUGAAGAAAAUGUAAAUAAUAAUAGUACUGAUGAUAUUGAGGAGGAAUUCUCGACUCCAGCAAUUGUACAUUCUCUAAACACCCAGUUACGACGUUAUCAAAGUCUUCCAGGCCUAAAUGCAAUUGAAUCAGAUAUCAAAGUAACACUUCCCCCAUGUUCACUUCGAAGGACAUCUACUCAAGCUGUUUCUACGGAGCAAAAAUUAAAUUCCUUGUCUAUAUCAGAGAAUAUGUGUUUAAUUGAAGUUUUAGUCGGAAUACUUCAGAGGACUUGGCGCGCUCGUCCUGGAACAGUGAGUAUACGUCUGUUCAGUCGUACGUGUUGCGUCCUCGCUCUUCUGUUCACUCCUGCUCCUGCUGACUUGUUCUUGAUUAAUUCUUCCCUAUUGGCAAUAUUACGAGAAAUUCAUGAAGGUUUAUAUCGCCGAUCUGAUCCACACUCUCAAUUCCAUUUGAAUUUCGACCCAACUGGAAAUACUACUAAUUCUCUUAGUGUUAGUGAUUUACGCAUCAAAUUAUCAAAUGCUGAUGUGAAGAAAAUCCGUACACAUCUCAGUUGUGAUUUAGACUGGCAUUUCAAACCAAUCAAAACUCGUCCUAAUCCCCUAUUGGCAAUUCAUUAUUUAUUGUAUAUUGUUGAAAAGAAAAUGUCCUCUGCGUAA